AUGAACAGGAGUGAAGAAACAACCAAUCUUACGAAUCUGAAAAAGGAACACAGAGUGAAAACUAUGAUCAUGUACGGAGGAGGAGCAGGGAAAGACGGUGGAUCCACCAAUCACAUAUCAUCAGACGGAGGAGGAGUGGUACUGAAGAAAGGGCCAUGGACGGCGGCAGAAGAUGAGAUACUUGCGGCGUACGUUAGAGAGAACGGCGAAGGAAACUGGAACGCCGUUCAGAAAAACACAGGCUUGGCUCGUUGCGGCAAAAGUUGCCGUCUCCGUUGGGCAAACCACCUCCGACCAAAUCUCAAAAAAGGCUCUUUCAACGGCGACGAAGAACGUCUCAUUAUCCAACUCCAUGCUCAGCUCGGUAACAAAUGGGCUCGCAUGGCCGCUCAGUUGCCGGGAAGGACAGACAACGAGAUCAAGAACUAUUGGAACACGAGGUUGAAACGCCUUCAACGCCAAGGACUUCCUCUUUACCCUCCAGAUAUUAUCCCUAACCAUCAACUCCAUCCACAUCCACAUCCACAUCCACAACAACAUCAUCAUCAUCAUCAACAACUACACAGCCAUCAACAUCAACAACAUCAUCAGCAUCAGCAUCAACAUCAACAACAUCAGCAUCAACAUCAGCAUCAGCAAAUGUAUUUUCAACCACAAUCUUCACAACCAAACACACCUUCAUCUUCUCCUCUUCCAUCACCAACACAAUUAAACGCAAAUCCCUCAUCAUCUUUCACUUUCCAUACCACAAACGCAUCAACCGCUAAUCUUCUCCAUCCUCUAAGCCCUCGCACUCCAAACACACCGCAAACUCCUUCUCAACUCUCUUCCACACCGCCUCCACCUCCACUUUCCUCCCCUUUAUCUUCGCCUCGAAACAACCAAUACCACACUCUUCCUCUCUUCGCCCUCCCGCGUCCCCAAAUCAACAACAACAACAAUAACGCGAAUUUCACUUUCCCUAGACCCCCACCUAUUCUCCAACCGCCUUCAUCGCUCCUCGCCAAACGCUACAACAAUGCUAACACUCCCUUGAAUUCCAUCAACCGCGUCUCAACCGCACCUUUUUCCCCUGUUUCUCGAGACUCCUACACUUCCUUUCUAACAUUACCUUACUCUUCCCCAACCGCUCAAACCGCUACUUACCAUAACACUAACAACAACAAUUACUCAUCAUCUCCUUCCUUCUCUUUAAACACUUCUUCUCCCUCUUCUUACCCUACAGCAACUUCUUCCCCAAGCUUUCUUCAUUCCCAUUACAAUCCUUCUUCUUCCACCUCCUUUCAUACCAACCCGGUUUACUCCAUGAAACAAGAGCUCCCUUCAAACCAAAACUCCCAAAUACAUUCCUUUAAUGUUAACAACUUCACAGAUAAUGAGAAACAGAACAGUACCGGUCAUCACAGACGAAGUAUGAGCCGCAGCCUCUUAGAAGAUGUCCUUGAAGAGGCCGAAGCUCUAGCUGGUGGUGGCGGAGGCCGACCUCCUAAACGGAGACAACUCACAGCUUCUUCUCCAAACCACCACAACAGCAGCAACAACAACAAUGACAACUUCUUCUCGGUUAGUUUCGGACAAUUUGAUUCUUCUGAAAACUUGUGUUCCUUACAAGAUUUGAAAUCAAAGGAAGAAGAGUCUCUUCAAAUGAACACAAUGCAAGACGACAUAGCUAAGCUUCUUGAUUGGGGAAGUGAUAGUGGAGAGAUCUCUAAUGGACAAUCAUCUGUUGUCACUGACGACAAUCUUGUUCUUGAUGCUCAUCAAUUCGCUUCACUAUUCCCGGCUGAUUCUACAGCCGCCGCAACCAUAGGGCAAGAAGGGUUCUUCUUCAGCCACUUCAUCAGACAGUCUCUAUGGAAAACGUGGGAACACCGUAACUCCAUGCGACUCACCGCACUAGAUAAAUCCGUUAAGCAUAUCGGACAAUUCAUCUCCGUCUCUGUUCUAUUCACUCGUCUUGCCGGGACCUGA